GUCGGUGUUCGCGCCAGCUACCGAGCCCGUCGCAGAGUCCUCCGAGUGUCCUCCGAGUGUCCUCCGAGUGUCCUCCGAGAGUCCUCCGACGCCCGGGGCGGUAGCGACCGGGACACGUCCGCCUUCCUUCAGGACUCUUUUUUAUCUUUCGGGUACCUGUUGCAGCGAUGAAGGGCGACAUGAAGCUGCCGUUCAUGGACGGCCUCGCCGAGACGAGCUUCCCAAAAGAGCACCACGAGAACAUCCAGCACCUGCGCGCCUGGCUCAGCUACCAGCCGCACUUGCCGGAGCUGACGGACGAACACCUUCAUCUGUUCCUGCACAGCUGCUACGACGACGAGGAGAAGACCAAGAAGACCAUCGAGUCUUACUUCACGAUGAAGACCAUGGCGCCGGAACUGUUCGCUAACAGGGACCCGCUGGGAGGCGACGUACAGCAAGCCCUCGACAUCAGCGAGAUGAUCCAGAUGACCGCCAAGACGCCGGAGGGCUACAGGGUGCUCGUGUACCGGCUGAGCGACGCAGCCGCCAGCAAGUACUCCAUGCUGGCGGUCGCCAAGACGUUCUUGAUGGUGAACGACCUGUUGCUGUCCGCGGAGGGCGCGCUGUGCCCCGGAUACGUGUCCGUGUUCGACAUGAAGGGCUUCUCGCUGGGCCACCUCGCGCGCCUCUCGCCCUCCGUCCUCGGCAAGCUCAUGUACUACAUCCAGGAAUGUCACCCUGUCAGACUCAAAGGAAUUCACAUAAUCAACACGGUUAGUUUCAUGGACAAGGUGCUUGCAUUACUAAAACCUUUCUUGCACAACGAGUUACUUCAAAUGUUUCACUUCCAUGGAUCAGCGGAGACUUUAAAGGACUUCAUGUCGAUAGAUAUCUUGCCGGAGGAGUACGGCGGCAAAGAGAGACCUGUGCGUGAGCUACACGCCGACCUGCGGCGCCUGAUGGAGACCCGCUACGCCGACUGGUUCGUGCUGGAGGAGCAGCUGAGGACGGACGAGGCUAAGAGGGUGGGCAAGUCGCCCGUGCCGGACCACAUGUUCGGCGUCGAAGGCUCGUUCAGGAAGCUCGACAUCGACUAGACCCGCCUCCCUAGUUCCCGAGCAGGGGGCGUCAUGUGGCAUGGUCAUAGAGACCCGGAAAAUUCGCGGGUUCAACGACCUCCAGGAUAGACUCCACACACUCGGACAAAUGCCAACUGUUCAUUGGCUGCUGACUUGUGAGUCGUCUCGACUGGAUGGCCUGUGAUUCGGCACUUCUAUGAGUGAUGGGUCUCUAAUUGGCCCUCAGUCAUCCAGAUUAACAGUGAACCAAUGACAGAAGCAACACUAAGGUAUAAUUAUUUGAAUUUUAGCAUAACACGAAAUGAACCCGCGAAUUUUCCGGGUCUCUAGGCAUGGAACACCUACCAGUUAAAUGAAGAAUCAGAAAUUUUAUGCUAAAUUUUUUUCCCCCUCAAACGGCUAUUUAUAACGCAUUUCUGAAGUCAUUUCUAAAAUUUAAUAAAAAAUUAAACACAGUACGCAAACAUUAUAAAAUGUUAAAUGAUUCAUUUUUUCACUGAAGAAAAAAAAUUUGAACCAACUCCAUAGGUUACACGUGGACUGGAGUAGAUUACAUUUGGUUGCCUCAAUUAUUUUUUUUUUUUUUUUAAGUUGUAUGAGGGAUUCUGUGUAAAGGGAAAAAUAGGUGGAGGGGUGGGGACAGUUUCCCCUAUCGUCGCUCCCAUUGGUCCAUCGCUUCACGUCCGGACACGAUCAACGUUUCACAGCAUUUUCACUAGCGCAAGACGGGGUUUAAUUUAAAAAAAGUUGAACUUCGAGUAAUUCAAUCCAAACGGCUUCAAUCGCACUUUCCGAUAAGCAUUCACACAAGCGCGGUGUAGUAAGUAUCGGCAAUAAUUCGCUAUUGGUUAAACUCUUUCUCAGUACUGUGAUACGUUUUUCAGCCAAUCUACUUAGUCAUUUUGUAUUUAAUUACGUGCGUGCACAAUACUGUGUUUUUUCAUGUUCAUACCAUAUAGUACCGCCAUAAACAUCACGGCACACUUUCCGAAGAAAGGGAAAAUAAUUAUUUAAUCAUACGAUGUAGUAAUUUAAGCUAUAUAAUUAGUUUUAUUUGUAAAUCUUGAUAACUUUUUCCUUUAUGAUAACACUCAACAAACUACAGCUGCAUUAAUGUUUCGGAGUUAGGUUUAUGCCCGUUUCAGCCAGACCACUGUGCUUGAUUGGUAUUUUGUAAGUGUUUAUCAUUGUAAUCAUCCAUGUUUAAAUGUUUGUAUCGAUUGUAGCCCAGUGAGUGGACGCGUGUGAUGUGUACAUUAUAGAGUAUAUAAUUGGUACUUUGGAAAAGUACAUAAUUGUUUAAAUAUAAACCUGAAAGUCUCAAACUAAUGUUAAUCAUUAAAUUUUACUUAGCUGUGUUGUUAGUACUGGUAAAAUAGUACCAAAAACCCUACGAAAAAAAUGGGUCCGUUGAUGAUGUAUGACAAUGAAUUUUCGUUGUCAUGAGAAAUAAGAAUAAAAAGAGUCAAUAAAAAAGUGCUAUAAAAUUUUCAAGGGUGGUUAUAUCGGCCUUUUUUUUUUUUUGUUUCCGUUCAACAAAGCGUCCGAAAAUACUAAAAA